AUGGGGCUAAUAUAUCUAGAUUUAAAAACGGGAGUUAUCCCAUCAGCGUCUGGCUCAGCUUACUUCGAGCUUCACCCAUCCAAUUCCAGUUCCGGCGGCUCUCUUAUCCCGCCAUCUUCGUCUCUAAAACUGAUAUGCUCUGUCAAUGGACCAAAACCACUCUCUCGAUCGACCCCCUUUUCUCCAAACCUUCUACUAUCAGCCCAUGUCAAAUUCGCUCCCUUUGCUAAUCGGCGGCGGAGAGCUCACGUUCGCGACAUGAACGAGAGAGACUUGGGGGUUCACCUUGAAAAUGCCCUUCGUGGAGCUAUCAUUGGCGAUCGAUGGCCCAAAAGCGGAUUAGAUAUCACAAUCAUGAUCUUAGAGGGGGAAGAUGAUCGCUGGUGGGGAGACAUGUCAACUGCAGAGACCUUGACGGGAUCUGAUGGCUGGGGCAUGAUGAACGUCCUUGCGCACUGUGUCACUGUGGCUUCUGCGGCUAUUGCAGACGCGAGAAUUGAUUGCUUAGACCUCGUUGCGGGGGGUGUUGCGGCUGUGGUUGGCACUUGCAGCUCGGGCGAGGGGGCUACAUCAUCUACCAAGACGGUGGUGCUUGACCCAGACCCUUCAGAGCAUCUUAAUAUAUCCUCAUCCUGUGUUGUGGGCUAUAUGCCAUCUCUAGACGAGAUCACGGAACUAUGGCUGAAAGGGGAUAUGCCUGGUGCGAGCUCCGAUGGCACUUACGACUCUCGUAAUCAUGAUGCCCUAAUGGGUGGAGCCAUUGCGGCAGCGAAGGCUUCUCACUCCGUUCUUAUUGAAGCAGUCAAAGAGUCUGCCGUGCAAGCCAUCAGUAACGCAGCGAACAAUAAACCACACGAUAGCAGCAGUGAGAUGGAAAUAUAA